AUGGGAAGUCUUGAAGCACCAUGUCAAUUUUAUGAACGAAUUCUUUUUGGACAAGUACGUUUUCCUCAUCUUAUAUCAAUUGGUUGUCCGAGAGGUGCUUUCAUUUAUUUACUGAAUACAACACAUACUACGAAUGGAACAAUUCGUCAGCUUCAUUUACAAUCAACAUCACCAGAAAUUCUUUGUAAAUUUAUUGAAUAUCUUCCUCGUACUACAUCAUUAACUAUUAAUUAUUUCUAUAAAAAUUAUUCAUCUUCUCCAACAUUAUUUACAAAUUCACAUAUUCGUCAUUUAACUAUUUUUUAUCCUCAAUCAUCUCAAUUGUAUCUUGAACAACUUCUCUUAUCGGUUGGAUUUUCUGAUCUCACUUAUCUUCGUAUAACGUUUGAUACGUGUAACUUUCCACAAUUAGCUUGUAUUCUGACAACAUUCUCAUGUUUAAAACAUAUUAUUCUUUGA